CGAGGAAAAGGAAGCCAAGAGGUAGUGACAACUAUUUACAGUUUUCUAAAUGGAGGGAACGGGACUCCUGAGGGUAGACGAGGUCACUCGACUAAGCCAAAGGUAGAUGGAGAGUAAUAUUUAUAGUUUGCUGACUUCAGUUCAGCUGGGCUCCCGCCGCUCCUUAUCUUAUGCUUCUGGAAUUCACGGGCUCGCAGAGCCCAGCAACCGGAGCAUCCGGGACCUGGGGCCGCAGCGCAGACGCUUGGCCCGGCUCCCCGCGAGCGCGCACCUCCACCUCCCUCUCUGCGAUCGGCCCACUGGCCCUGCGCCCAAAGGAGAACCCGGGAGCGGCGGAUUCAUGAAAAUAUGCAUCCAUUUAAUACUGACUUGGAAUUCAUGAGAUGGAAGCAUAGGUCAAAGCUGUUUGGAGAAAAUUGGAAGUACAGUUUUAUCUAGCCACAUCUCUGAGGAGUCAGAAGACAGCAGCAGGUGAAGUCAUUGUCAAAUGAUUACCGCCUUCUAGAAGAAAAUAUCAUUCAGUAAAGUUAUUUAAAUUAGUGAAACAACAGGACCAGUAAUUCAAAGUGGCAGUGUACAGGAAACAUUAAAAUUGAACAAUGACUCAGCUAUAUAUUUACAUCAGAUUAUUGGGAGCCUAUCUGUUCAUCAUUUCUCAUGCUCAAGGGCAGAAUCUAGACAGUAUGCUCCAUGGUACUGGGAUGAAAUCAGACUCGGACCAGAAGAAGUCAGAAAAUGGAGUGACAUUAGCACCAGAGGAUACUUUGCCUUUUUUAAAGUGCUAUUGCUCAGGACACUGCCCAGAUGAUGCUGUAAAUAACACAUGCAUAACUAAUGGGCAUUGCUUUGCCAUCAUAGAAGAAGAUGACCAGGGAGAAACCACAUUAGCUUCUGGGUGUAUGAAAUAUGAAGGAUCUGAUUUUCAGUGCAAGGAUUCACCAAAAGCCCAGCUACGCAGGACAAUAGAAUGUUGUCGGACCAAUUUAUGCAACCAGUAUUUGCAGCCUACACUGCCCCCUGUUGUUAUAGGUCCAUUUUUUGAUGGCAGCAUUCGAUGGCUGGUUGUACUCAUUUCCAUGGCUAUCUGCAUAAUUGCUAUGAUCAUCUUCUCAAGCUGCUUUUGUUACAAACAUUAUUGUAAGAGCAUCUCAAGCAGAGGUCGUUACAAUCGUGAUUUGGAACAAGAUGAAGCAUUUAUUCCAGUUGGAGAAUCAUUAAAAGACCUUAUUGACCAGUCACAAAGUUCUGGUAGUGGAUCUGGACUACCUUUAUUAGUUCAGCGAACUAUUGCCAAACAGAUUCAGAUGGUUCGGCAGGUUGGUAAAGGCCGUUAUGGAGAAGUGUGGAUGGGUAAAUGGCGUGGUGAAAAAGUGGCAGUCAAAGUAUUUUUUACCACUGAAGAGGCUAGCUGGUUUCGAGAAACAGAAAUCUACCAAACGGUGCUAAUGCGCCACGAAAAUAUACUUGGGUUUAUAGCUGCAGACAUUAAAGGCACAGGUUCCUGGACUCAGCUCUAUUUGAUUACUGAUUACCAUGAAAAUGGAUCUCUCUAUGACUUCCUGAAAUGUGCCACACUAGACACCAGAGCCCUGCUCAGAUUGGCUUAUUCAGCUGCCUGUGGUCUGUGCCACCUCCAUACUGAAAUUUAUGGUACUCAAGGAAAGCCUGCAAUUGCUCAUCGAGACCUAAAGAGCAAAAAUAUCCUCAUCAAGAAAAACGGAAGUUGCUGUAUUGCUGACCUUGGCCUGGCUGUUAAAUUCAAUAGUGACACAAAUGAAGUUGAUAUACCAUUAAAUACCAGGGUGGGCACCAAACGCUACAUGGCCCCAGAAGUACUGGAUGAAAGCCUGAAUAAAAAUCAUUUCCAGCCCUACAUAAUGGCUGAUAUCUAUAGCUUUGGCUUGAUCAUUUGGGAAAUGGCUCGUCGUUGUAUCACAGGAGGAAUAGUGGAGGAAUACCAACUGCCAUAUUACAACAUGGUACCCAGUGACCCAUCCUAUGAAGACAUGCGUGAGGUUGUAUGUGUCAAGCGUUUGCGGCCAAUUGUGUCUAAUCGAUGGAACAGUGAUGAAUGUCUCCGAGCAGUUUUGAAGCUAAUGUCAGAGUGCUGGGCCCAUAAUCCAGCCUCCAGACUCACAGCAUUGAGAAUCAAGAAGACACUUGCCAAGAUGGUUGAAUCCCAAGAUGUAAAGAUUUGACAGUUGUUAAACAGUCGUGAGGGAGAAUCUAGACUGCAAGAACUUCACCCAAGGAACGGGUGGAAUUGAUGUGGACUGGGAUGUUGGCUUGGUUCUCAGACUCUUUCCUCACUACAUUUUCACAGGCUGCUAACAUUAAACCUUUCAGUACUCUGUAGAAUACAAGCUGGGAACUUCUAAACACUUCACUCUUUAUAUAUGGACAGCUUUAUUUGAAAUGUGUUUUUUGAUGCUUUUUUUUAAAAUUGGGUUUUUAUGAACUACAUCAAGACUCCAAUCCUGAUUAAGAAGUCUCGGGUCAAUCUCUGGGCACUUGAUUGCUUGUCUAUACAGUGAUGCUUUCCGUGAAAGCCGUAAGAAGAUGAAUGAGUUCAGCAGAGGUGGAAAAAGACAUAUUUUUUGCCUUCUAUCAGAGAAAACAUCAUCGAUUUGUGUUCUGCCUUUGUAAACAGCCUAUAGAUUAUGAUCUCUUUGGGAUACCGCUUAGUUUUUGACAGUACACCAUACCUUUGAUAACAGUGUGUCUGCACAUGCACACCAGAAUUCUUCUGCUGCCAUAGGAGUUAGAAGAAUUUAUGAUUGCACAGGAACAAAUUAGUGGCUGGUGGUGUAAAUAUGCAAUAUCUGACCAAUAUUUGCCAAUCUCAUAAAAGCCAUCUACCUUGUAAGUAUAGUAACUUCUCUACCACCUUUUUUUUUUUGUCUUUUUGAGACAGGGUCUCCUUGUAGCCCCAGCUGUCCUGGAACUCACUAUGUAGACCAGGCUGGCCUUGAACUCACAAAGGUUCGCCUAUCUCUGCCUCCCAAGUGCUGGGAUUAAAGGCGUACGCCACCACGCCAGGCUCCAACUUUAUUUUUUAACAUAAGAGUUGGUAAAGGCCAAAAGCAGUUUAAAUUGUCCAUAAAUUUGGACUGUUUUCCUUCUACUCCAUUGUUUUUCUCUUUUUGAUAAUUAUUUUUGUCAUGAAAAGCCUCCUGCCCAAAGUUGAAGCUUCAAUGCCUUGAACCAUGCUUAUAAAGAAACACUUCUUUACUGAAGUGAGUUACUACAUUUGAGAGCAAUGUAAGUGCCUGUAAUCAUGCUGUUUUCUUUAUUCUCAGUAAAUUUUUAAAAGGGAAGUUAUUUAUAAGUGUAAUGUGCUUUAUUUGUAAAACCUGCCUACAUCUUCCCAACCAUAUUUUAUAUGUAUACAUAAUUAGUACAUAUGAACCACUCACAUGGACCUCAUAUCCUAUCCUUAAGGGGAAAAAUAUUUUAAAGUAGAACUAUUUAUGAAUUUUCAGAAUUCAUGCAUUUGGAAACUCCAGUCAGAAAUUUCAUUAAGCUAAUGCCUCAUAUUCAUAAAGGAAGAAAGAAUUCUGCAAUUAGAAAUUUGUAUGCCAGAGCCGAUAGAAAUGUGUUUUGGUAUCUAAGUCUUUGGAAAUCUUUGAUUUUAUGAUUUCCAGUCCCAGAGCCAGGCAGAAAUGUUCAGUAUCUAGUUAUGGUUCAUACCUGCACUGAGUAGCUAUUAUUCAAUGAAAUGACCCAUUUUUUAGAAGCCUUGUUGUCUCAGAGAACAGUUCUGAUUUACUCACUAUAUUCUGUUAUGCUGUUUAAAUAUUUAUUCUGAGCAAAGAGCUCAUGAGAAGAUCAAGUGACAUAAUCUCCUUGGAUAAAGCAUGAAGUAAAUUGGUAAUAUCACAACAUAGCCAAAAAGUUAAAUGGGAGGAAAUCAGAGCAUAUGUCCAUCUAUCACCAGAAACACAAUUGUCAUUUAAGACUAAAACUUAAUGUGAUGUCUACACAUAUUUCACAAAUUUGAGGCUUGUUUUUAACUGUUUUAAUAUUUCAGCUAACAUAACUAAAGUUUGAGAAUCUUGAGAUUUUGAUGUUUUUGACUAGAUAAAUUGUAAAUCCUGAAAAUCACCUGUCAUCUUAAUAAAAUAUGUAAAGAAAGGCAAACUUCAUUCAUAGAAAUGUUAAAAAUAGUGUGUUGAGGCAAAAAGUCACAGAUAUUAUAUGAGGCCUUUGUAAUGAUUUUUUUUCUAAUUAGCUUGGUCUUAUAAAAGAGCUAUCAAUAAUUAAUGGUAAGACAGGCAGAAAGUACUCUAGUUACCUAGUCACUGUCUAGCCCACUGCUCCCUUUCAGUAGACUCAGUAAAAAACAUUCUUUAAAAUCCUAAAAUCUGAAGUUGUAUUAAGCUUUUUUUUUUUUUUUUUUUUCCCUUUUCUCACUCAUUCUUAAAUUUGAAAUUCAUCCAGUAAGUGAACUAUUUGAAGAAUACCUCAGACCUUCGGGUCAGUAAAAUGAUAAAGGCACUUUCCUCCAAGACUUCAGCCUGAGUUUAAUCUCUGGGACCAACCUGGUAGAAGGAAAGAACUAGCUUCCACAAGUUGCCCAACCUCCACACAAGCACCAUGGCACAGGCACACAAACACAACACAAAAGUAAACUUAGUUUAUUUAAAAAAAAAAAAAAGAAUGUGUCAGACCAAUGAAAGGAAGUAUUAUGUAGUUUCUUAGUUGAUACCUUGUAAAAACUUUGAAGCCAUGGUUUGGUCCCACUUAAGUCAGCCAUCCUUUUAAAUAAUUAAAAUAUAGAAGCCAAAACCCAGACUACCUAAAUAGAUAUAGCAAAAGUAACCCACAAAGAAAAUUCUUAUGAAUUGCAUUUGUUCUGGUGGGUAAUUUUUUAGGAUUAAAGGCAUCUUAAGAUUUGCUUCAUUUUGAUUAUUCUGAACCAUUAUUGUGGUUUCUUAGUAAGUUUCUAAGUAUAAAAUCUAUACCUUGACUUCUGGAAAUGCUUUUACAAAAUAUAUUUUAGUCAACAUUUUAUGUUACUUUUCCAGUCUCCAGAAAUGUUUCUAAGCUUAGAAAGUGACCUUUUGCUUUUGUAAACUGUUGUCCUAGAAUGUGCCAGUUUUUAUUUAUUUACUCUAGCAAUAUUCAAUAUCUUUUUUCUUUAUUGGAUGCUUUUCUUGCUUAGAAUAAAAAUACAUUAAUUUCUAAAGAAUAAGGCAUCUUUGAGUUGUCCCAAAGUCAAAUUGGAUAUUGAGUAAUUUAUUCCAGGGUAGAUUUAUGAGUUAAAGUACAUGUCUUUCAUAUAGAUAUUGUUUUGAAAUGUUUUCAAAUGUCAGAAAUAUAACUCAAUAUUUUAAAAGAAAGGUUGUAUAGCCCUUUCAUAAUAUUAAUUGACUUGAGUCAGAUGAUGAUGUGACAGUAUAAGUUUGUCUUACGUCUUUGCUGUGAGCCACAGUGGAAACCAUGGCGAGAACCUGUUGAGUCGAGGACAGUAGCAUGUGCCUCCACAUGGAAGGGUCAUCCCAUAAGGAAAGCUUACGCAUACGGCUUUUGCAAAGGAUUAGACCUAUUACUAUAAUUUUAGGUUGUACUCUGUACUCUGCUUUCAGUGGAAUUAUUUAAGCUCUUCAGUGACCUUUGUUCUUCCCACUAAAAAACUGAAAUGUAGUAUAUAUUGUAUAAAAUGGAAAUAUUAUAGCUUAUUUAGGAAAACUGUACAUAGGCAUUGAUAAAAGGGUAAAAGCAAGCAUUUUUAUUAUGCAGUUGUAAAACACCAAAAAUACAGAUUCAUCUUUGAUAUGUAACACACUAUUUUGUACAGCAUCUGGUUUAAAAGGUGCCUUAUUAAGUUUACCAUUAAUUGCUUUGUUCUAUAUACAAAUUAUGUCCAAUGUAUCAUUUUUCAGUAAAUAACCUUAUUUUAGUAUA